UGGGACCUUCCAGCACAAGGCUGCAGAGGCCAUACGUAUGAGACACUCCCAAAGACUGCUGUGCAGCAUCUCUCCUCGUCUCCGUGACCCGAAAAGAUGGCUGACGUCGCCGUCGAGAGUCCCGCGGGCUCUACUGCGCUGCACAACAAGUCGCUCCCGUCAGUCAUCCCCAACAUCGACAACAUCGAUGGGCUCUCCUCCCAGAACGGCGAUGAAUACGCCACACUCAAGAAGCUACAAAGGCAUCUCGAGUACAUCCAGCUGCAAGAAGAGUACAUCAAGGAUGAGCAGCGCAGCUUGAAGCGUGAACUCGUCAGAGCCCAGGAGGAGAUCAAGCGGAUCCAGAGUGUGCCACUCGUCAUCGGGCAAUUCAUGGAGGCCAUUGACCAGAACACGGGCAUUGUCCAGUCCAGCACGGGCAGCAACUACGUGGUUCGCGUCCUUUCGACUCUUGACCGUGAGAAGCUCAAGCCUUCUUCAUCAGUAGCCCUCCACCGCCACUCGAAUGCCCUCGUCGACAUCCUGCCCCCGGAAGCCGACUCGUCCAUUGCCAUGCUCGGCGCCGACGAGAAGCCCGAUGUGACCUAUGCCGACGUUGGCGGCCUGGAUAUGCAGAAGCAGGAGAUCAGAGAGGCUGUCGAGCUUCCCCUUACACAUUUCGACCUCUACAAGCAGAUCGGUAUCGACCCACCUCGAGGCGUUUUGCUCUACGGCCCGCCCGGAACCGGCAAAACCAUGCUGGUCAAGGCCGUUGCCAACUCCACAACAGCCAACUUCAUUCGCGUGGUCGGCUCCGAGUUCGUCCAGAAGUACCUCGGUGAAGGACCUCGCAUGGUCCGUGAUGUCUUCCGGAUGGCCCGCGAGAACUCUCCCGCCAUCAUCUUCAUCGACGAGAUUGACGCCAUUGCCACGAAGCGUUUCGAUGCCCAGACUGGUGCCGAUCGUGAGGUCCAGCGCAUCCUUCUCGAACUCCUCAAUCAGAUGGACGGCUUCGACCAGACAUCAAAUGUCAAGGUCAUCAUGGCUACAAACAGAGCCGACACUCUCGAUCCCGCUCUUCUGCGUCCCGGCCGUCUCGAUCGCAAGAUUGAGUUUCCCAGCUUGCGCGACCGCCGCGAGAGACGGCUCAUCUUCUCCACGAUCGCCAGCAAGAUGAGCUUGGCACCCGAAGUCGACCUUGAUAGCCUAAUCGUCCGUAACGACCCCCUCAGCGGCGCCGUUAUCGCAGCGAUCAUGCAAGAAGCCGGCCUGAGAGCCGUCCGGAAGAACCGAUACAACAUUAUCCAGUCGGACUUGGAGGAUGCCUACUCGAGCCAGGUUAAGGGCACGAGCGACGAGAACAAGUUUGACUUUUACAAAUAAACGAGUCUCUAGGACUUGGGGUCAGAUGGAUAAUAGAGCGUCGUCAACAACCAUGUUCCAUCCAAGCGUGUGACUGCUUCGUAGUCGUUGGCGAUUGUGUAUGCCCUGCAGUCAAUGUUGUUCUGUCCAUGAUGUUUGGCCUCAUUCCCAGCCGACGGCAUGCUGCCAAGCCCAUGUUCACGAAUCAUACCAGUAGCGCCAAGCUGGACA